GGCAUGUGUGGCGAGCAGCAUUCGAGGUAAUACCCGGCGGGAGUGGUAUCAAACCGAAUGAGAAAUGAAAAAGCCAAGAUGCCGGACAGACCCGCCCGGCCGGCCAUCACUCGGGGGCGACACCGGGUUCCCCACCCAUACUUUAACCGUCAGCACUUGGCCAUAUUAGGACGCGAAGCUCGCGAAGCUGCCAGCAUGAAGCAUGGCCCAGUGUGCUGGACGGACUCAAGCUUCUGUCACUGAAGAAAUCCCAAGAGCGAAGCGCGGCUGCACCUCAUCCCCGUGUCAUACUCUCGUGGG